UUGGUUUUAAUGUUAUAUUUUUUGAUCCUUAUCUUUCUGAUGGAAUUGACAAAGUUUUAGGAAUUACACGAGUAUUUACAUUGCAAGAUUUACUUUAUCGUUCUGAUUGUGUCACACUUCAUUGUUCACUUAAUGAACAUAAUCAUCAUUUAAUUAAUGAUUUUACUAUAAAACAAAUGAGACCAGGAGCAUUUCUUGUUAACGUAUCACGCGGUGGUCUUGUGGAUGAAACAGCAUUAGCUGUAGCAUUAAAAGAUGGUCGAAUACGUGGUGCUGCACUUGAUGUUCUUGAAAAUGAACCGUAUAAUUUAGCUGCUGGACCAUUAAAAGAUGCAAUUAAUUUAAUAUGUACACCACGAACGGCAUGGUAUAGUGAAGCUAGUGCACAAGAAAUUCGAGAGAAUGCAGCACAUGAAGUACGUCGUGGUUUAACAGGAAAAAUGCCUGGUUCACUUCGAUAUUGUGUUAAUAGAGAUUAUCUCAAUGUACCACGUUCAGCAUAUGAUGGUAGUCUUAAUGGAGUAUCACCAUUUUCAUCAUUAUUUCCAUUAGCUGCUCCAUUUCUUGCUCAAACAGCAGCCAGUCAACUUUUAGGCGAUACAUCUCUUCAAUCAACAACAGCAUCAUCAAGUAGUAGUACACCAUCAUUACUCUCAGCCGCUGGUAAUAGUUCACCUGUAGUUGUACCAGUUACUAUUGGCGAAUCAGCUUUACAAUCAGCUGCUAAAGCUGCAGCGGCAUCACAUGGCAAUAAUAAUGGUGGUGGCGGCGGUGGUGAAUCAGCUGGUGGAGAUUAA